AAAUUUGAUUGUUAAUAAUAUAAUUAUAAUAAAAUUCUAGUCGAAGUUAAAUCAUUUAUUUUAAUUAAUUUAGUUAUAAGAGAAAACUGUUACUAAUAUAUCAUAAAUAACGUGGAAAUUUUCCCUAGGAGGCAUAACAAAUACUCCGCUACAGGGGUACGACCAAUGUGCUACCAUGGAACCCGGUUAUCUUGCCCUUUCUCAAAGGGGCACGGUUGGAGUCAAUUAGGCAUUUUGUAGGCAUAAAAGUCGAUCGUCAACUCAUCAUCGCAUUGGUGGAGAGAUGGAGAUAGGAGACACAUUGUUUCAACUGUCGCGAAGGAGAGUGCACCAUCAUGCUAAAGGACGCCGCCAUCCUAACCCAUCUGCCCAUCGACGGCAAAGCGGUGGGUGUGAGUGAUCAUCCUCCAGAGGAUCGUGACGGUAUGACCGGUUGGCAGCAUUUCAUCCACAGUGUUUUGGGGUGAAAGUACCAACCAAGGGGAGCGUUGAUGCGACGGAUCGCAUGGCACCAUUGAGGAAACACCAAGUAUCAAUCACUUGGUUGACGAAGUAUUUUAGGGACCAUCACGAUCUUGCCAAAAAUGGGGUGCCCCUAACCGAGGAAAGUCCGGAGCUAGAGAAGGAAAGAUAUGCUCGUGUCUAUCUCAUAGGCUUGAUCGGAGGAGUGUUGUUCUCCAAAAAAUUGAGCAAUCUAAUUAGCUGUGGAUGGCUUAGGAUCCUCCUUGGUAGUUGGGAUGAGACGGGGGAGUUGAGUUGGGCAUCCGCUUGCCUAGCUAGUAUCUACCACCAAUUGUGCAAUGCAUCUCUCAAAGCUGUGAGGGAGGUCGGCGGCGCAAUGUUCAUAUUCCAAUUUUGGGCUUGGGAGCAUCUGCCAUGGAUUGCAGCGCUCAGACAUCCUGACUUCAAUUGGGGUCUUGAUCAUCCCCUAAGACUCGAAGCUUAUGGUUGUAGGUAAACUUCUCAUACCCCAUCAUGAUUUUCAUAACACAAUUUCCCUUGUGUUUUAGCUUAUUGUAGUUUCAUUAUUGACUCAUUAAUAAGGUAGGUUGGAGCUU